AUGGAAAAUGACUUCAACUGCAGUUUGAGCUAUUUCAUUUUCAAUUCAUUCAAACCCCACGAAUUCUAUUACAAUUGCACAUCCAAUGACAAUGUGGGGGAAAUUCAGAAGCCGUUGGGCAUUUAUUUCAUAUCCAGCGGUCUAUUCAUCCUCAUUCUCUACACGCUGUGUCUCAUUGCGAUGGCCAAAAGCGAUCUGAUGAGAAGCUCGUGCUACAAGAUUAUGAUGCUUCUCGGCAUUCUCGAUAUCAUCUGCACAUUCACUAAUUCGUUGGCCACUGGAUUCUUGGGAUACGAGGGUGCAACGUUCUGCUCUUACCCAAGAUUCAUCUUCGUUAUGGGAUCCAUUGGAUGCGGCUGUUGGAUCGGAUCGUGCCUAAUCUGUGUGAUCCUCGGGAUCAACCGCUGCUGCGAUAUGAACCCCAAUUUAAAAAUUCGAUUCAUUUUCCAAGGAAGCCGCACCUACAUAGUUAUAGGUGUUCGUCCAAUCCAUUCUAAUCUGCUCGGUCAAUUCCGUCGCUUCUUUCAUAAAUGCCUAUAUUCAACUAAUUUUUCACCCGCACUUUUGAUUCUAAUCGGACAACUUGCCUGGCAAUGGAGCAGCGGUUCGGUUUGUGUCGUCUAUCUGAUAAUCAAUCGGACGAUUCGAAAACGCGUCAUAAAUCUUCUGAUUUCCGAAGGAAUCCAAAAAAGAAUCCAUAUCGGCACACUUCAAUCGUCUUCUCUGAAUGCUGCUAGAAGUAGAUCAGGUGCGACAUUGGCCUGGCAGAUCUAA